AGAAGAAUCUCAAAUUGCCAAAGAAAAAAUAUAACACAUGCCAAUAUCAAUAAAAAGACCUUAGAUCCAAAAAUUGGUUCUCAAGUUUAUAGGAAAAUCGAAAAUAGAGCUGGUAAAUUAACUCGGAAGUUUAAUGGACCCUACAUACUAACAAAAAUUUUAGAAAACGGAAAAAUAGAAUUAAAAAAUCCUAAAAAUAAAAAGAAAAUAAUAGUUCAUAUCAAUGAGACUAAAAUAUUACCUAAAAUUUCAGAUGGCUCGCCUGGACUCGCCGGCAUCGUCGCAGUCCAGUUCCACAAUUUAAACGAUUAUCCUGGACUCCUUCCUUACAAAUUGGGUACAACUAAAAUAGUAAAUAGUCGCUGGUCUUUUAUUCAAAUUUAUAACCUAACUUCACUUGUAUCGGAAUUUUCGAUAAUUAAAAGCCAAUCAAAAGAGUUGAAUGAACAUUUCAAAAUUCAUCAUGGAUAUCAUUCCGAAUUUGAAAAUUCUUUUAUUCCUCUUUUAACUUUAGAAAAUAAAAUAGAAAGUCAAAUUAGCCAAAUUUAUCCUCUUUUUAAACUUGGAAAUAGGAUUAAACCAGGUUUGCUGAAUCCUUUAGGUUCUCUUAUUAAAUGCAUAACUGGUAAUCUAGACCAAGAAGAUGCGGAGCGAUAUCAAAGACAAAUCAUCGAGUUACAGGAAAAUCAACAUAAAUUAAAAAUCAAUUCGAUUGAUCAAAUUUCACUUUUGCAAAGUUCGAUUAAAACCUUUAACAACCUAAUCUCAAAUAUUUCUCACAAUCAAUUGAACUUGAAAUCAAGAAUAGAGACCAUUGAAUAUAAAAUUAAGGAACAAAUUUUAUUAGAUAAUUAUUAUUACGAUUAUUUUCAAUCUUUUAUAGUAAUAAAUCAAAUCAAUGGGUCAGGUGAAUAAAAACAAGGAAAUCCUUGUAAGCGUUUACUCCCGAGUAAAGUAUUUGCUCGCCUAAUAAGUGAAUAAAAGAGUACUUUUACUUGUGAGAAUUUACUUAUCGUGUCGAGUGUUUACUCGCAAGUGUUUACUCGUCAAUACCUUAUUCGCUUCAAUAUUUAAGUAAAUACUCACGGUGCUUUCAAUGCAUGAUUGAUCUGCAAGUCUCAACUUCUUUUGCAUUAAAUAGUAGCUUGCGUCUGUUCCGAUUGUCUUUUAAAAUUAUUUAGUUUUUGAAGAAGAAAUAUCAGUAAAAAGAUGUCUUCAACUAGCGAUUCUGACGAUGAUUAUCCAAAAAAUGUAAUAAGCGAUAGUAGCAAAUAUAAUAAACAUUCACAAAGUUGUCCUUAACAAAUCUAUGUUACCUCAAGUAGUGGAACAGAAAGAAAAAGGAUGGAUAGCUAUAAAAAAAGAAUAUAUACAACAUACUGGAAAGGAGAUAACAGUUGGUCAACUGAAAAAAUUACUUAAUAAUAUGAAAUCAUCCGUAAAAAAGAAAACUGACAUUUUAGCAACUGGGAAUAAAAAAAUAAAAUUACUUGAAUGGGAAAAGGUUUUUCUUCGCCUUAUGAAAUCUGAUGAGAAUCCUGUUUUUGUCAAGGUACCAGGUGAUGUUGAUAUUGGAGCACAAAGUUCUACUGCCAAUAAAAAUCUCGUGCAGAAUAUUUCGCCAAUUUCUGUUGACAUCGCUGAUGCUACAACAAAGGUGAUACAACAUACACCGAAGAAAAGAAAAUUGCAGAGUGAAACUGAAGAAACAGCUCACUUAUCAACAUCCGAGUUGCAGCGCUUAGUUUUACUUGAGCAGUUACGACUUACUCGUCUACAAAUCACGCGUGAAGAGUUACUCAUAAAAAGACUUCAAGAAUCAGAUGCUCGCAGUAUCCAGCAAAAUCGAAUAACAUCUGAGUACGACACAGACGGUGUUUUACAAGUAUACUUGGUUUUAAAAUAAAUAUUUGAUAAUGUUUAUAUAAAAAUGUUUAAUAA